AUGACGAGCUUCGCCGUGCAGUUCGCACGCCAACAAAGGCACGCCUUCCAGGCCGCCUCCAAACUCUCCUCGGCUUCGUCCGCCUCCAACGUGAUUGCCGCCGCUGCCGCCGCGUCCACUUCGUACGCCUCGACACCUAGCGCAGCGAGAGCCUUCUCCACCGCAAGGAACAACCUGCCUCGCUCGGCACACUUUGCACGAUCGCAACGCACAAAUCUCGCCCUCACAAGACACAUCUCCACCAACCAGCCCAAGGAGCAGGCCGCCGCCGCCGCCGCAGCCCAGACCUCGGCUAGCGUCCGCCCCGAACCCUCGCCUGCUUUCCAGCAGUCGCCUCAGAACAUCGCUCCGCUCUCGUCGCGCUACGAUGCCAACGCCCUCGACGAGUCGUUCGUCGGCAUGUCCGGAGGCGCCAUCUUCCACGAGAUGAUGCUCAGGCACGACGUCAAGCACGUCUUUGGCUACCCCGGAGGCGCCAUCCUCCCCGUCUUCGACGCCAUCUACAACUCCAAGCACUUUGACUUUGUGCUCCCGCGUCGCGAGGACGGCGCUGGCCACAUGGCCGAGGGCUACGCGCGUGUCACGGGCAAGCCCGGCGUCAUCCUGGUCACCUCGGGCCCCGGCGCAACCAACGUCAUCACCCCCAUGCAGGACGCCAUGAGCGACGGCACGCCCCUCGUCGUCUUCUGCGGGCAGGUCGCCACCUCCGCCAUCGGCUCCGACGCCUUCCAGGAGGCUGACGUCGUCGGCAUCUCCAGGUCCUGCACAAAGUGGAACGUCAUGGUCAAGGACAUUGCAGAGCUCCCGCGCCGCAUCAACGAGGCCUUCAAGAUUGCCACCUCCGGCCGCCCCGGCCCCGUCCUCGUCGACCUGCCCAAGGACGUCACCGCAGGCAUCCUCCGCCAGGCCAUCCCCUACAGCCAGACCCAGCCCAACAUGAUCACCAGCCUGCCCAGCCGACAGGUCGCCCGCAACCGCCGCGGCGCCACCUUCCAGCAGCAGAACACCAACCUGCGCUCCUCCGAGCAGGAUGUGCUCACCUCCGAGCUCAAGGAGGCGGCGCGUCUCAUCGGCAUCGCCAAGCGUCCCAUCAUCUACGCCGGCCAGGGCAUCCUCUCGUCGCCCGAGGGCCCCAAGCUGCUCGCCAAGCUCGCCAAGGAGCACAACAUCCCCGUCACCACCACCCUCCAGGGCCUGGGUGCGUUUGACGAGCUCGACCCGCUCAGUCUGCACAUGCUCGGCAUGCACGGCUCGGCGUACGCCAACCUCGCCAUGCAGGACGCCGAUCUGAUCAUCGCCCUGGGCGCACGAUUCGACGACCGUGUCACCGGCCGCAUCGACAAGUUCGCCCCGCACGCCCGCGCCGCCGCGCUCGAGGGCCGCGGCGGCAUCAUCCACUUUGAGGUGAUGCCCAAGAACAUCAACAAGGUGGUGCAGGCGACGUGCGCCGUCGAGGGCGACGUCGUGGCCAACCUGGGCAAGCUCAUGCCUUUCCUCGAGGCGCAGGGCCCGGACAGGAGCGAGUGGCACCAGCUCAUCAAGACGUGGAAGGACGCCUACCCGUUCACCUACGAGCCGUCCAAGCAGGGCGAGCUGAUGAAGCCCCAGGAGGUCAUCGAGGCGCUCGACGCCGCUGUGGCCGACCAGAAGGACAACGUGAUCAUCUCCACCGGUGUCGGUCAGCACCAGAUGUGGGCGGCGCAGCACUAUCGCUGGCGCCACCCGCGCACCUGGGUCUCGUCCGGCGGUCUGGGCACCAUGGGCUUCGGUCUGCCGUCGUGCAUCGGCGCCAAGGUCGCUGCGCCCGAGAAGAUCGUUGUGGACAUUGACGGCGAUGCCUCGUUCUCCAUGACCGCCAUGGAGCUCGCCACGGCGGCGCAGUACGACAUUGGCGUCAAGGUGCUCGUGCUCAACAACGAGUUCCAGGGCAUGGUGGUGCAGUGGCAGGAUCUGUUCUACGAGAAGAGGUACUCGCACACCGAGAUGCACAACCCGGACUUUGUCAAGCUCGCCGAGUCGAUGGGCGUCAAGGCGAUCCGCUGCGACAACAUCGCCGACCUCCCCGCCAAGAUGAAGGAGUUCAUCGAGUACGACAACAACAAGCCCAUCCUCUUCGAGGCGAGGAUCACAAAGAACGAGCACGUCUAUCCCUUCUGCCCGGCCUCGGCGGGUCUGCACGAGCUCAUUGUCCACCCGAGCCUCAAGCCCAUCCCCAAGAAGAACUGA